UGCGCAUAGAGAGGGAAAGCAGCAGCAGACGCAGCAAUAGUAGCAGACGCAGCAAUAGCAGCGGAGGCGGCGACGGCGGCAGCGGCGGCGGGCGGACGGGCGGCGUAAAUUGCUGGCUUUUCUCGCCCUGGCUCUCCUUCACUCGCUGCUCUCCUCUCUGGCACACUCCUCCCCUUUCUCUGGCUCUCUUUAUAUUUCGCCUCAGGCGCCAAUUCAAAGAGACAACACAAGAGGAACCGACAGGCAUCAUGGUUCCUCCGAGAGCACCCGCAGUCUUGCAGCAGGAGCGGUCGGAGAACGACGAGGCGCAGAGGAUGCUGCGACACGUCCGUCGAAGACCGUUUGACGAGGCCAUUGGCCUAGAGGUCGUCGAGCAACGCGCCGAGUCGAGCUGGCAGGGCGGCCAGGCGGCCUUGCGACGGCAUCUGGAGCAGGAGCAGGAGCAGGAGUUGGAGAAACGGGACAUGAGGGGGGUGUUGUCAGACAAAGAGGGCGCGCCGCAAAGGCGCCAACAACAGGAGCCGGGGCAGCAGCAAGAAGUAAAGAGGGACGUGGCGCAGCCUGCGCCCAAUCGGGCAGCGCCGUUGAUGCCCCGAGCAACAGCGGCGCCUAUGCGAAGGAGCGCAGAAGAUCCUGUGCGGCUUCGUGUGCGUGAGGAGCACAUCGUCGAACGGCAGCAGAGGAGCAUGCUCGACAAGCGGGGGCUAGAAGACGACAAGGGCAAGCGGGCGCAGGGCGAGGACAUUGUCCUGGGUCCCUUUUACGCCCGGUCCCAGGAGGAUGUCGAGCGCAUGAGGAGGCAGGUCGGCAUCGAUAGGCGAGCGUUGCAGGACGGCGAGGCGGUGGGCAAUGCCAAGCGAUACAUGCAGGAAGAGGACGCUGCUGCUCGGAACCUGCUUCUGGAGAGGGACUGGUAUCGUGCGCGGGCGGCCGAGCAUGAGGUGCAAGAGCACCGCCUUCUGACCAAGCGACAGACGGAGGCAGAGCAGCAAUGCUUUGUUGGCAACGAAAAGUUGAGCUGCUAUCCAACAGCCAACACGCGCGUCGACCAAGGAACCUGGUCAAAGCUCAUCUGGAACAGCAACUAUCCCGAAUUUACCAAUAACGGAGGCUAUGUCGACGUCUACCUCUUCCAUCAGGACAGUGACCAGGUAGCCACGUCCUGGACCUCGAUCGACAACGGUCAAGGCCGUCUCUCGUUCAAUCCCGGCGACUCGUGGUGGCAGGGCCGGGAGCCAGCUGACAAUUUCAACGGCACAGACAUUGCAUGGCCCUUUUACUUUGUCAUCACCUACGCUGGUGCAGGCCUCAGCGGCACCACUCACCGUCUCUCGACGUGGUUUGCCGUCCAGACUGCGCUCCCAGUCGCCGUGGCCGAGUCGCGCUCCUCGGCCUCGGUGGCCGCCAGCCUGUCUUCGGCGGCAGCGAGCGCGUCAGCCGCCAGCGCCGCGAGUGCUACAAUGACUGGCAGCGAUCUCUCGUCACUAUCGGCCAGUGAAGCGGCGGCAUCGUCGAGCUUUGCUGCCAGCCUCUCCUCGGCCCUCGUCUCGUCGCUCCAGAGCCAGGGUCUCUCUGGCACGCAGACGCUCCAGGGCACUGCCACGACGACACUCGACGAUGGUCGCGUCAUCACUGCCACAGCGACGGGACAGGCCAAUGGCCAACUGCCGGCCGGCUCGAAUGGCGAGGAAGGCGGCCUUCCGGCCUAUGCAAUCGCCCUCAUCGUCGUCUUUGGCUUCCUGGCCCUCGUCGCUGCUCUCGUCGGCGCUUACUUCCUCAUGGCAGCCGCCAGGCGGAGGCGGGAGCGCGGCGGUCAAGGCAGCCACGCCGGUAGCGACACGCCCAUGAUGGCCGGUGUCGCAGGCGGUGGUUCAGACGAAGGCGAUGACGACAUGAUGCGCGAGGUGGGCGUUGCUGGAGCAGGUGCUGCCGCCGGCGCGGCUGCCUCUCGGGGCAGGGAGGCGGACACGCCGUUCAGCUCAAACGAGGCCAGCCGCAUGGCCGAGGCCUUCCGUGCGGCGCUCCGCCGACCGCAGUUCUUUGGAGGAGGCAGCGGCACUUCGGCCCAACAGGACGAAGGUACCAGCCCGGGCAACGACUCGAGCGGUAGCGGUGGCAACCAGAGCAGUCCUGGCGAAGGACUGUCAGCGCGCGACUCGAUUGCGACGGGCGCACUGCUUCGCGACGAGCUCGCUGCAGAAGGCCACGAUCUCCGCUAUGUGGGCGAUCGAAGAAAGCCAACAAUUGAGGGCGAAUGAGACCCAACCCCGACGGACGCCUGAACUAUGACUCUUGUAUUCCCCCAACCCCUCCUCGCUCCCUCGCUUCUUCCCUCUCGACAAAUGUGCUUUUCCUCUUCUGUUGCGGUCUCGCCAUUCGUGUGCCGGGAUAGGCACUUUUCUCGUUCUACUAAUGUCUCUACUUUCACUUGGUCAUUCUCACCAACACUCACAGACGCUCCUUUUCGCCUGUUCUUCAUCAUCUCUAAGUGUCUAU